AUGAGGAUUCUAGCCUGGAAUUGUAGGGGGGCGGCCAAGCCGGCCUUCAUGUCCUCCUUUAAACGGCUAGUACAGCUCCACUGUCCUGAGAUUUGUUUUCUCUGCGAGACACGUUUGUCUGGUGAUGGGCUUGGUCGACUGAGGCGACGCCAGGGGAGGGACUGGGAGACCUAUGCAGUCGAGUCCCAGGGGCUGUCUGGUGGCCUUUUGAUCCUGUGGAGGCGGGGGGUGGCGAGGAUUGAUGUCUUCCACAACUGUUCUCAACAGGUAGUGAUGGUAGUAUCGGAACUUGAGGCGGACCCUUGGGUGCUGUGCGGUGUGUAUGCGAGCACGGAUUACAGGGUCAGGAGAACCCUUUGGCAUGAGAUUACCAACUUGCUUGCCCAGGGUAUCCCAACGGUGGCAGUUGGUGAUUUUAAUUGUAUCCAAAGUGCGGAUGAAAAGAGGGGAGGUGCGCCUUUCACUGAUAGGAUUGAUAGGAGGGAGUUUCGCGACUUUGUGCAGCUAAAUGGCUUGGUGGACUUAGGCUUUUCGGGGCCACGGUUCACCUGGUGCAACAAUCAACCUGGCGGUGCUAGGGUGUGGGAGCGGCUAGAUAGGGCCUUUGCUUCCCCAGACUGGAUCCUUCGCUUCCCCACCUGCCGAGUUAGCCACUUACCCCGGAUUGCAUCAGAUCAUUGCCCCUUGUUGAUUUCGACCUCAUCGGUAUCGGGUCACCAUAGUCCUUUUCGCUUCGAGAAGAUUUGGCUUUCGUACCCCCAGUCUUGGGACAUCGUUCGCGAUGCGUGGCGUGUUCCGGUGCGGGGGGACGCGAUGCGGCGAGUCUCACGCAAACUCGAGUUGACCAAACGGCGGCUCCGCCGUUGGAAUCGCGAGGUAGUGGGCGAUAUUUUCCGGAGAUUGGAGGGGGUGGAGGAGGAGAUUACGACACUACAGGAGAGAGAAGACCUACGGGGUACACUCCCGGAGGAGGACAUGUCUCAUCUUCGGGGGCUUCUUGCGACGCACCACUCACUGCUACGGCAGCAUGAGAUUUUCUGGCGACAGAAAUCUCGGGUCCAAUGGGUUAACGAGGGUGAUCGCAACACCAGGUUCUUUCAUCGGACGACUGUUAUUCGGCGUCAGCGGAGUAUGAUCCACUCACUGCGUGAUGGGUCUGGCCGCCGAGUGGAGGGUAUUGCUGAUGAUGAGAAUACGACCCUGGUUCGGCCGGUGUUGGCGGAGGAGGUGCAGGAGGUAGUCUGGGCGCUGGCAGCGGACAAAGCUCCAGGACCAGAUGGUUUCCCCCCUUUCUUCUUCCGUAGAUAUUGGGGUAUCAUUCGGGGAGCUGUGAUCGAGGCUGUUCAGUGUUUCUUCACUCAGGCAGCCAUGCCUGAGGAUUGGAAGGCCACUUUCAUUAUGCUCAUCCCGAAGCGCCAAGAGGAGAUGAUGUGGGAUCUCCAGCGAGCAUCAAAGCGUGGCAGUUUGAUGGCUGUCAAGCUGGAUAUGGAGAGGGCUUAUGACAAGAUCAGAUGGAGCUUUCUCCGGAGGGCACUGGAGGCUUAUGGCUUCCACAGGCGAUGGAUUGGAUGGAUCCUAGGGUGUAUCCAGGGGCCAAAGUUUUCUAUUUUGGUCAACGGCACACCUUCGGUGUUUUUUGAGUCUACUAUGGGGCUGCAGCAGGGAUGUCCCUUAUCCCCUUACUUAUUCAUCAUUUGUUCUGAUAUAUUGUCCCGUGCCCUCCAGAGGGCGUGUGCAAGCCGGGAGCUGGAGUCCUAUGUUUCAGCACCGGGGGCGGGACCUGUCUCUCACCUACUUUUUGCUGACGAUUGUCUUCUCUUGUCCAGGGCGCGGGUUUCGGAGGCACGUGUACUUCGCAGAGUGUUGGCAGAUUACUGUGCGGCAUCCGGACAGAGAAUCAACUUCACGAAGUCUGCCAUCCAGUUCAGCCCUAGCACAGAGAGCAGAGUCAGACAGAAGAUCAGGAGUAUCUUGCAGAUGCCCGAGCAGGAGGGGACUCUGGUUUACCUGGGAGUUCCCAUCACAGGCCGGAGGCUACGAGUGGCGGAGUGCUCGGGGUUGGUGCAGCGAGUCGAGAGUAGGCUGGAGGGAUGGAGGGCAUCAUCUCUAUCCAUGAUGGGGAGGCUGACACUUGUCAGAUCGGUGCUUGGGUCCAUGCCGGUAUAUCUCAUGGCCAACACUGUGGUCCCUAAGACGACUCUGUUGAAGAUUGAACGUCUUCUCCGGAGCUUUCUCUGGGGGUCCCAUGGUGGGGGUCGUGGGGUACAUUUGGUGGCCUGGGAGCGGGUAUGCCGGCCCACCAGUGAGGGUGGUCUGGGAGUUCAGUCCCUUCUGGAGCGGCGUGAGACACUCAUUGCACGGCAUGCAGCUCGUUUUUUGUUGGAGCCAUAUGGGCUUUGGAGUCGGGUGAUGGCAACCAGAUAUGGCCGAGGGAGCCCCGAGGUGGCACGGCGUGGUCGCCGCAUCUCUUUCAUGUGGCGUGAGAUUGGGAGGUACCUGCCGACCGUGUUAGCUCAUACCAGGUGGCUGAUGGGCGAUGGCCGGACCAUUGUUGUGACUGAUGACCCGUGGGUAGAUACCAUUCCCUUGAGAUAUUGGCCGACGACGGUGGAUUUCGAGGCAGCAGUGGGGCUCCGAGUGUGCGACCUCUUAGCACCAGGGAGGGCAGAGUGGGACGUGGACAGACUCCAUCAGUUGUUCGGGGCACAUCUAGCCGAGAGGAUCCUUUCUCUGCCAGUACCAGGUUGCGAGGGCCCAGAUGUCAGGGUUUGGAGCACUUCAUGCAGGGCCAGUGUGAGGCUGGGUGAUCUGGCCCGGGUGAUCCAGUGCGAGCAUGAGAGUGGAUGGGACGGUGCCUGGAUUUGGAGGUCUAGGCUCCAUCCGAGAGCAGCACUUUUUCUAUGGAAGGUGAUGUGGGACCGCCUUCCGACGAGAGCUGUGCUGAGCCGACGUGGUCUGGGGAUCCCUGCGGAGUGUGGGGCCUGCGGUGCGGAUGAGUCAGUUGAUCAUGCACUAUUUGGAUGCUUUUGGGCGAGGCAGACAUGGCAGUGGACGGGUAUCCCAGAGGAGGUUUGGCGGGAGAGGAGACUGUUUCUACAGAUGAUACGUCAGUGGCUGGCUAGUCCCCGGACAUGUCAGGAGGCUAUCCGAGCGACUUGCACCGCCCACCAGAUCUGGCUGGCAAGGAACGCUCGCACUUUUGGCGAGCGUAGGAUGUCGCCGAGUGGUACACGAGGCGGUGCCGGCUUCGUCAUACGAGACCCUCACUCUAGGGUAGUGGCAGCGGGCGGUUGCCGGCUAUUCGAUACAUCAGUGCCAGCGGCGGAGUUGCGAGCUGCCUGGGCCGGCCUUUGCCAUGCACGGCGGGUACUACGGGCUAGCUCGAUCAUCUUGGAGGGCGACUCAUCCACUGUCAUUGGGUGGAUUCGGCGGGAGAGCACUGACCAUCCUCUGAUCCGGAAUAUUAGGAUGAUGGUGAGGGAUGUUGUGGCCUUUGAGGCCAAGCAUGUAUUCAGGGAGGCCAACGGGGCGGCUGACUGGGUAGCUGCAUAUGCAGCACACCAUUCGGGAUACGCCCUGUGGGCAGGAGAGCGGGAGUUGCCAUUGGCACUACGCGAGAUUUUGUAUUUUGAUGUUCUUGGGUGUAUUCGGACACGCGUUGUCUGA